ACAUAACCUCACAUUUUGCAGAGGGAGAGAAACGUCAUCAAAGACCGGGCAGAAAAUUCCGUGGGAGGAAAAGGUGUGAAAUGCUCUGUAAAUAAGUGCUGAAAAAUUAGUUUUACUGCUGAAAAUGAAGUUUUAUCUCAUAUUUUCUCUGCUUCUGCUUUCGACUCUCUCAUCUGGAAAGAUUGGCUCUAAAUCUGCUGUUGUGGAUGAUAUCGCGGACAUCAAGGACUUCAAGAAGCUUCUGAGGACAAAGAAUAACGUCCUGGUACUGUUUUUGGCCUCCACAAAGGACAAUCAGCCGACUAUUAAGGUGUUCCGGGAGGCUGCUGAAGUCAUCAAAGGUCAAGGAACUUUGGCGCUCUUCGACUGCUCAAACAGUGAAGUGAAAAAGAUUUGUAAAAAAUUCAAAGUCAGCCCCGAUCCAUUUGUGCUCAAGCACUUCAAAGAUGGGGAAUUCCACAAAGAUUAUGACCGAAAGCUGGCGGUCAAUAGCUUUGUGAAUUUCAUGAGAGAUCCAGCUGGAGAUCUUCCCUGGGAAGAGGAUCCUGUGGGAGCUGAUGUUCUUCACGUUCCGGAUGCAAAUAAUCUCGAAAAGUUCCUCAGGAAGGAGACAAAACCCGUCCUUGUCAUGUUCUAUGCUCCGUGGUGCGGCUAUUGCAAAUCUCUGAAGCCUGAGUAUUCUGCAGCUGCCACGGAGCUCAAAGACAGGUUCGUCCUUGCGGCAAUUGAUGUCAAUCGUCCGGAGAAUUCUGUCAUCCGGAAGCUAUACAACAUUACGGGAUUCCCGACGCUUUUGUACUACGAGGGAGGAAAAAUGCGUCAUACUUUCGAGGGGGAUAACAACAAAGCAGGAAUAAUUUCUUUCAUGGAGAAUCCCAUGAAGAAGACAGUCCAGAAAGUGGCAGAACCCGAUUGGGCCAGUGAAACUAGCUCAGAAAUUGUCCAUCUAACGGCAAAAUCCUUCGAACCGGCUCUUAAGGAUGAAAAAUCCGUAAUGGUGAUGUUCUAUGCCAGUUGGUGUGGACAUUGCAAGAAGAUGAAGCCUGAGUACGAGAAGGCAGCAGAGAUUAUGAAGGAUGAGAACAUUGCGGGUGUUCUGGCGGCUGUGGAUGCUCCAAAGGAGGGAGCUCUGGCCUCUAAAUACGGAAUUAAUGGCUAUCCUACUGUGAAAUUCUUUGAAUUCGGAGAAUUUAAAUAUGAUCUCAAAGUACGUCAGGCUAAUGAGAUUGUGGCCUUUAUGCGAGAUCCCAAGGAACCACCUCCACCUCCGCCCCCGGAAGCUCCGUGGGAAGAUCAGCCCUCAGAAGUUAUUCAUCUCACUGACGACACCUUCAAGACUGUGCUGAAGAAGAAAAAGAAUGUCCUGGUGAUGUUCUAUGCUCCUUGGUGUGGUCAUUGCAAAGCUGCCAAACCGGAAUUUGUAAAGGCUGCUGAACAGUUCAAGGAUGAUCCUAAAUAUGAACUUGCAGCUAUUGACUGUACGAAGCACAAAGAGACUUGUUCAGCCCACAAUGUCAAGGGAUAUCCUACGAUCAAGUAUUUCAGUUACCUCAAGACUGUCAAGGAGUACAUGGGACUAUCGAGGAAGGAGAAGGACUUUGUAAAUUUCCUCAAAGCCGGUGGAGAAUCGGAGAAGAAGAAGGAGGAGUCUCCGGAAGAAGCAUUUGAGAAAUUCCCAGGAUCUCAGCAUAUUAUUCAUCUAAAUGAUGAUAAUUUCGACAAAAUCAUUGCGGAGCACAAGAAAGUCUUUGUCUUCUUCUAUGCUUCAUGGUGUGGACACUGCAAAGUGGUGAAGCCGGUAAUUUCAGAAAUUGCUGAAGACAUGUCCAGGAAGGAGGAUGGAGCGAAAGUGGCUGCAAUUGAAGCCUCUGUGAAUGCCAAUGUUGCCAAAAGGUUUAAGAUUGAAGGAUUCCCCAGAUUCAAUAUGUUCAUCGAUGGACAGGUUGUGAGUGAGUACAAGGGGGAGAGAUCUCGAACGGGCUUCACGGAAUACAUCAUGAGGGAUGGCCAAAGUGCAAAGGAAGAGCUUUAAUAGCAUUUUAUUUGUAAAAAAACAAAACCAAUAUUUUUGUUGACUCUCAAUUCUCAAUCUUAUUUACCAACUCCGUGUUCUGUAAAGUAUUUUUUUUCCUUUUUCUUCUGCAAUUUCCUUUGGCAUUCCACGAGGAGGUGUUAUUUCUUCCAUGAAGUGAACAAAAUUUCUAAAAUACUCUCGGAAAAAUAGAAGAAAAGAUGUAUUUUUUGUAAUAAAGAUGAAUUUUGCAAGAAAA